AUGGUGGAGGGCGCGCGGGGGAUUGCGCACGAUGCGGUGGCCAUGUUGCAUGAGCGCAUGGGGAAGCUCGCCAGCAGGGAGGGCAUGGAGAGGGCCCUGCGGUUCCGGCCGCGGCCGGACGACGUCUUCGUGGCGGCCUGCGGGAAGGCGGGCACCACGUGGAUGCUGCAGGUUUGCCAUGGGCUGCGGACGGGAGGCAGUAUGGACUUUGAGGAGAUGUGCCUGGAGGUGCCGCACAUCGAGCUCGCCUGGGACAUUGGGUACGGUGACCUGGAAAAGGCGCAGGCGGCAGCGCCGCGGCUGUACAAGACGCACCUCGACUACCACCUCACGCCCAAGGGGGCAAAAUACAUCUACAUCGUGAGGGACCCGAAGGACAUGGCCAUCUCGUUCUUCCACUUCUUCCAGGGCUGGCUCUUCCAACCCGACGAGCUGUCCCUCGAGACCUUCCUGAGGGAGUUCGUUUUGGCCGACCACGACAAGGGCGGGGCCUUUUGGGGCGGCAUCGCCUCCUGGUGGCCCCACAGGGCCGACGCCAACGUCCUGUGGCUGCACUACGAGGACAUGAAGGCAGACCUGCCGGCGGCAGCGCGGCUGGUCUCAGGCUUCAUGGGCGUAGGUGUGGGUGACUACGGACUGCAGGAGCUCGUGGUGAAGCAGGCCAGCUUCGAGUUCAUGAAGCAGCACGAGGCCAAAUUCGACGACAGGCACGUGAGGAGGUCGCGCAACGAGGCCAUGGGACUGCCCAAGGGCGCCGGGCUGGAAGGCCACUGUUCCGGAAAGAUACGCGAAGGGAGGGUGGGGGGGCACAAAGCCAGCGUACCUCCAGAUAUUCUGCGGCAGUUGGAAGAGCGGUGGUCGACGGAGCUGCUGCCCUUAACGGGAUACAGGACAUACGCAGAGAUGAGAGCAGGAGUGAACCGGGAGCUACAGAGGUCGUUUGCUGCAUGA